AGAAAAACAAAAACAAACAAAAGAGAACGUUAUCUUCGCCCUGUCACCACCAAAAACAUGGAUGUGUACGUACCCUCUCGCCGUCGAAUCGCAGGCAUUUUUUAUAAUAUACGAAAACUCAAAAGAUUCAUCGUCCACUUUCCAAUCCUUUCUCUGCCAAAAUUCUGCACUUCAGUAAAAAUAAAAUCUCCGUCAUCCUUCCUACUCCUCCAUUAUAGAAACUCUGGACUAUAAUCACUGAAAACAGGAAAUUUGCAAUAUAUAUAUACAUUACCUUGUGCCAUUUCGUACAAAUUUUCUCCUACAGAGAAUUUUCCAAGACCAAAACCAUCAUGUCCAAACUAAUUGCCACUAAUCUCCUCCUCCUUUUUGUUUGCCAUCUUCAUCUUAUUGUUAUUAGUCAUGCAUUUUCGGACUUGGAAGUUCUCAUGUUUCUCAAAGCCUCCUUGAUUGGUCCCGGCGGUGCCGGGCUUGACGACUGGGAUGAUAGUAAGACCGGCGGCGACGGCGGCGGAUCGCUUCACUGCUCCUUCUCCGGCGUCACGUGCGACGACAACUCCCGGGUGACGUCACUGAACAUAACCAGCGUCCCACUUUUCGGGACCAUUGCGCCGGAAAUCGGCCUAUUAGACAAGCUCGUGAACCUGAGCCUCGUCGCCGACAACCUCACCGGCCCAAUCCCACCGGAGAUGUCCAAACUGACUUCCCUGAGGAUUGUGUACUUGUCGCACAACGAUUUUAAAGGGGUGUUAAACGGAGAAUUGGUGAUGAAAAUGGCUGAGCUGGAAGUUUUCGAUUGUUAUGACAAUAGUCUUACUGGAUUGCUUCCGACGGAAUUCGUCAAGCUGCCGAAACUCAGGACGCUCAAUCUCGGCGGAAAUUUCUUUUACGGGAGUAUCCCGGAAGAGUACGCCGAGUUUCAGACCCUGGAGAUUUUGCUUCUGUUCGGAAAUGGGCUGAGUGGGAGAAUUCCGCCCGGUUUGGGUCGGCUUCGCAAUCUUCAAAACCUCUCUCUCGGAUACUACAACAAAUACGACGGCGGCAUUCCUCCGGAGUUCGGCUCGCUGAGCAAUCUCCGCCACCUAGACCUCGGUGGCUGUAAUUUGACUGGUGAAAUUCCGGCCACCCUGGGAAAAUUGAAGCAAAUGGACACUCUGUUCCUUCAGGAGAACAAUCUCACCGGUUUGUUGCCCGUGGAAUUCUCUGGUUGUAUUUGUCUGAUGUCGUUUGAUGUUUCCUUGAAUAAUCUCACCGGAGAAAUCCCCAUGGAGUACUCUGCGCUCAAGAAUUUAACUUUGUUGAACUUGUUUCAUAACCGAUUUCACGGCCCUGUUCCGUCUUACGUUGGUGACCUUCCGAACCUGGAAGUUCUUCAGAUUUGGGAGAAUGAAUUCACAUUCGAGUUGCCUGAGAACCUUGGAAGCAAUGGCAGGUUAAAACAGCUUGAUAUAUCGUCCAAUCAUAUCACUGGAAUGAUUCCCAGGGAUUUAUGUAAGGGGGGCAAGCUGGAGAUGUUGAUUUUGAUGAAGAAUUUCCUACUUGGUCCUAUCCCUGAAAAACUCGGGGAAUGUAAAUCCCUGAUUGAGUUCCGGGCCAUGCGAAAUUUCCUCAACGGGACAAUUCCGGCUGGGAUGUUCAACUUGCCUUCGCUCGACAUGAUUGAGCUCACUGACAACUACCUCACCGGUGAUCUUCCCCAGGAAAUUGGCAAUGUUAAGCUUGGGAGUCUUAUUCUUUCAAACAACCGGAUAACUGGAAACAUCCCUCCGGCGAUUGGGAAUUUGAAGGAGCUGCAGACGUUGAGCUUGGAUAUGAAUCAGCUUGUCGGUGGCAUGCCUGAAGAAAUCUCAAAUCUGAAGAAAUUGUCUGUUUUGAAUUUGGAAGGCAAUGGCUUAACAGGUGAGAUUCCAGUGUUCCUGUCUCAAUGUUCCAAGUUAACGAAUCUUGAUUUGAGCCGAAAUAACUUGCACGGGGUGAUUCCUAGGGAAUUGACCACGCUUCAAGUCUUGAAUGCCCUGAAUCUCUCCAGGAAUCAACUAACUGGUGAAAUUCCGGGAGAACUUGGGCUGAUGAAUGGACUAACGAGUCUUGAUUUGUCUUAUAAUGAUUUCACUGGCGUAAGACCCACAGAUGGGCUGUUAAAAUUCUUCCCCAAUCGCUCUUUUGAAGGAAAUCCCAAUCUCUGUCCUCCCCACGCUCGCAUCUGUGCUUCAGCUUCAAAUUCAGGACAUGGCUCCCGCUCAGGCCUGAUGACAACUACUUCGAAAAUUGUUAUCGCGCUGGUGGCGCUUCUCACUGUGUUGCUCAUUUUUGCCUGUGUCUGGAUGAAGAUUCGCUUGCGAAACUUUGAGAAAUCCAGGGCCUGGAAGCUCACUCCAUUCCAGAAACUUGAGUUCAACACAGAAGACGUCCUGGAAUGUUUAAAGGAAGAAAACAUCAUCGGCAAAGGCGGUGCUGGAAUUGUCUACAGGGGAUCAAUGCCUGCUGGGGUCGAAGUAGCCAUCAAACGGCUAAUCGGGCAUAGUGCAGGUCAAAGAGACCACGGAUUCACUGCUGAAAUUCAGACAUUGGGGAAAAUCAGGCACAGGCAUAUUGUCAGGUUACUAGGAUACCUGUGCAACAAAGACACAAAUCUCUUGUUAUACGAAUACAUGUCAAAUGGAAGCCUUGGAGAAAUCUUACAUGGAAACAAAGGUGCUCAUUUGCAGUGGGAAUCAAGAUACAGGAUUGCAGUGGAAGCUGCCAAGGGAUUGUGCUAUCUGCAUCAUGAUUGCUCUCCUUCCAUAAUUCACAGAGAUGUCAAAUCUAAUAACAUUCUCCUGGAUUCUGAUUACGAGGCUCAUGUCGCUGAUUUUGGGCUUGCCAAGUUUUUCCACAACAAUGGUGCCUCAGAAUGCAUGUCCUCUAUUGCUGGUUCCUAUGGUUACAUCGCACCAGAGUAUGCAUACACGCUGAAGAUUGAUCAGAAAAGCGAUGUAUACAGCUUCGGGGUGGUGCUGUUGGAGCUGAUCACAGGUCGAAAACCUGUAGGCGAAUUCGGGGAAGGAGUAGACAUUGUGAUGUGGGUGAGGAACACCAUGUCGGAACUGUCCAAGCCGUCGGAUGCAGCUUCGGUGCUUGCCAUUCUGGAUUCCAGGCUGACUCAAUAUCCAUUAGCAAGUGCCGUGAACUUGUUCAAGAUUGCUAUGAUGUGUGUUGAGGACGAGAGUUCUGCUCGGCCAACCAUGCGGGCCGUGGUCCACAUGCUUACUAGUAGCCCUCUUCAAAUUGCUGGUGCUGGUGCUGGUGCUGCUGAAGUUCAACCCAAUCUGCUUUGAAAUGUUUUGGGAGUUUCUUUUAGUAUCGUCUUGGGACCGAAAAUGGAUUGGGAUUUUGUUGGUGAUGAAUAAUGGAAUGAGGAUAGUGUGUAGUUAGGAUUAUUAUGUAAUAAUUUUGUUUGUUGUCUUGUUUGGUUUGUUGCUGAAAAUGGCACGUACAGUCUUCUUGUAAACGAGACACUCUUCUUGUGUUCUUUUUUUGGAUUGGUAACUUGUGUACAUAAAAAAAAAAAAAAGUGUAUGCCUAUUCAACUCAACAAUUGGCUCAUCUCAUAUUAUGUUCUAUUUCAAUCAUCAAUGUGCGUUUACCAACU